CCGCGGGCCAUGGCGGGCGAGAACCACCAGUGGCAGGGCAGCAUCCUCUACAACAUGCUUAUGAGCGCGAAGCAAACGCGCGCGGCUCCUGAGGCUCCAGAGACGCGGAUGGUGGAUCAGUGCUGGGGCUGUUCGUGCGGCGAUGAGCCCGGGGUGGGCAGAGAGGGGCUGCUUGGCGGGCGGAACGUGUCGCUCCUGUACCGCUGCUGCUUUUGCGGUAAAGACCACCCACGGCAGGGCAGCAUCCUCUACAGCAUGCUCACGAGCGCAAAGCAAACGUACGCGGCACCGAAGGCGCCUGAGCCGACGCUGGGUCCGUGCUGGGGCUGUUCGUGCGGCUCUGAUCCCGGGGUGGGCAGAGCGGGGCUUCCGGGUGGGCGGCCCGUGGCACUCCUGUACCGCUGCUGCUUUUGUGGUGAAGACCACCCGCGGCAGGGCAGCAUCCUCUACAGCUUGCUCACUAGCGCAAAGCAAACGCACGUGGCUCCGGCAGCGCCCGAGGCACGGCCAGUGGGAGCGUGGUGGGACCGCUCCUACUUCGCGCAGAGGCCAGGGGGUAGAGAGGCGCUACCAGGCGGGCGGGCCAUGGGGCUUCUGUACCGCUGCUGCUUUUGCGGUGAAGACCACCCGCAGCAGGGCAGCACCCUCUACUGCAUGCCCACGAGCACAAAUCAAGUGCAGGCGGCUCCGGAGGAGCGGCGGAGGGCCCCCUGGUGGGACACCUCCUCUGGUGCGCUGCGGCCAGUGGCGCUCAAGAGUCCACAGGUGGUCUGCGAGGCAGCCUCAGCGGGCCUGUUGAAGACGCUGCGCUUCGUCAAGUACUUGCCCUGCUUCCAGGUGCUGCCCCUGGACCAGCAGCUGGUGCUGGUGCGCAACUGCUGGGCGUCCCUGCUCAUGCUUGAGCUGGCCCAGGACCGCUUGCAGUUCGAGACUGUAGAAGUCUCGGAGCCCAGCAUGCUGCAGAAGAUCCUCACCACCAGGCGGCGGGAGACCGGGGGCGACGAGCCACUGCCCGUGUCCACGCUGCAGCCCCAUUUGGCACCGCCGGCGGAGGCCAGGAAGGUGCCCUCCGCCUCCCAGGUCCAAGCCAUCAAGUGCUUUCUUUCCAAGUGCUGGAGUCUGAACAUCAGUACCAAGGAGUACGCCUACCUCAAGGGGACCGUGCUCUUUAACCCGGGAAAAGGGAAGGAAAAUGAUUACAAUGAUCAUUAGCAUCAUUUAAACCAAGUGGUCAACUGCUAAUUACUUGAAUACAAGUUAAAGAACUUUGCAAUGAUAUUAUUAUCAUGGAAGAUCAAAGGACCUUCAAAAGCAGCCUCCUCUUAUUACUUUCCUUAUAAAACCUUACAUGCUCUUAAACUUUCCUGCAUUGUAUUUCUUUCACUUUUACUUAGGUAUCACACUAUACUGCAAAAGGUCAUGUGUUUUCUAUUACAAAAGUUAUUUUUGAAUCAUGGUGCAAUUCGUGAUGUUUUCAUGUUUACUUUUUAAACUUUUAGUGACUAUAAGAAUGUUCAAAAACUUCUUACUUUGAUAUUUUGGAAAAGAGCCUUUUCGAAUACUCAUAAGAAUCAUUCUUUUAUAUUUUUCAAAAUCUUCCCCGAUACAGAAAUUAUGGUACAAUGAGCUAAGUGGCUAUUGUUAGCUUUCAAAUUAUUCGGGCCUCUAAACUAAUAUUGGCCUGCAGGCAAAUAGGUAAAAUGAAACUGUGUGUCAAAGUUUGUGGCUGUGAAGUUUACCACCACUGGCUGAAUGAUCAGUAUAAUGGUGGGAAGUUCAAAGAAGAAUGGUAAAAGCAUUUGUCAUCUGGCAACGCUUCCUGUUUUUCAUGGCUUGUUUCUCAUAGGUAAAGUGCCCACCUCUUGAAAUAUCAUGAACUUCUUCAUAUUUGCAUAGAAAGUGAACUGGAGUGAUGAUUCAUUAAACUAUAUUCCUCUGUCAUAUUAAAUUGUGUGCAUUUGUUGGCUCAUGGCCAGUGUAUUUGCAAACGUGUGCAUACAAAUAUAGUGAAUAUUAAGUAAGAAUGAUCACAUGAUGUUUCAUUCUUGGACAUGUUGGCGUCUGAAAACUUAGGCUGGUUUGACAUUUUACCCUUUUAACCAGGAAGCUUGGGGUCUUUUUUAAUUGGGACGAAACAGAAAUGGGUAUUCUUAAAAAGCUAUCUAAGGACUCUAUGGUGAGCUGUUUUAUAACAAAGAGAUUUUUCUCCCUCCAGACGUGCCGGGCCUGCAGUGUGUGAAGUACAUUCAGGGACUCCAGUGGGGAACUCAGCAGAUACUCAGUGAACACGCCAGGAUGACACACCAAGGGCCCCAUGACAGAUUCAUCGAACUGAAUAGUACCCUUUUCCUGCUGAGAUUCAUCAAUGCCAAUGUCAUUGCUGAACUGUUCUUCAGACCCAUCAUUGGCACAGUCAGCAUGGAUGAUAUGAUGCUGGAAAUGCUUUGUACAAAGUUGUAAAGGCCUGUGGGCCACACAAAUGCAGUAGUGCAGUUCACCAUGAGGGAAGAAUAAAGAGCUGUGGACAACAGAGUGUCAAAUAUUUUAAAAUAAACUUUCUUAUUAUUUUUA